UCGCCCUCCUCCCUCACACCACCAACACGCUCCCUCCUCUCGUGGCCCAUUAUCAUUCCUCUCCUCAUCCCAAUCUUGGUUUCUUGAAGUCCCUGCUUUCUACUUCCGUGCUCGCUGCUCCAAUUUCACACCUUGGGUUCCCAUUCGUGCAAGUGUCCGUGGCCAUCCCUGAGGAGUUCUAGCGGAGCCUCGAGUCCGAGCUGGAAUUCUUCUUGCCUCUAGAUUGAAGAUCUGUCAUCAGAAGCAAACCCUCAAAGGUUCCCUGCCUUGGUUGUUGGUUUGCCCGUUGGGGCCGUCGAAGGCAGGAGGAAAUCGUGAAAAUCAUCAGAAUUUGAGAUUUAUCCUCUCGAGCGAGCCUGACUUGUGAACUAGAUCUGUUGUUCUCCAUGUCUUUGAUCAAUCCGCUGACAGCUCAGGAGAUCUUGGCAUUUCUGAGCGUGCCAGACAGCGAUCUCUUGGACCAACCCCUCGGAGCUGUUGACUCCAACAUGAACGCGGCACCGGAGAGCGCGCAAGAGCUUUUUAACACAGACCUUUCCACACCAGCGCUGCGAUGUGUCACACCGAACCCUCUUGAGCAAGAUGCAUGGGAUGAGAUCAGCACAGAUCCAGACGAGGCCAACGUCAAGGAGCAGUCUGAUGACAGUGACGAGCCGUUCACCAAGGAGGCACAUGAAAACCUCACGAGAACGGAUGCAAACGCAGCAGUGAAGCACGAGUACGAUGCUGAGGAUCAAUUCCACUCGGCAAUGUCUGAUACCAAGGAGCCCUGGGUGAGGAUCAUACCAAGAAGAGGCAACGCUCUGGAGAACAGACCUGUCGUGAUCACUUUGGAAGUUCUUUCCAAGCACUUCCACGAAAGGCAUCGGCAAGUCAACUAUGAAGCAUGUUUGUAG